CCAUGGCAACGGCACAGAGGGGCGUGGCUUAAUAAUGCCACUAGCAGCCCAGCGAGAAAGGGCUGAUCUUCUUUAGGUCUACAUUAGUUAAUGUGGUUUUCAGCUUAAAGCGCACUGAUUUUUAAACUGAUUGAGUGACAUUCUAGAAAUUAAAUGUAAUCUAGGAAAUAAAAAAGUGCAUUAACAGAUUGCCAAUGUCCAUAGAAAGAAGGCUCCAGCAUUCGCACUAAGGAAUGUGGAUGGAACCAGAUGUCCAGAUUGGUCCUGCUGCUGUUUAGAGACGGUGGAGAGGAAUGGCCCUGAAGGCGUCCCCCUUUCCCAACAGGCUUGUUGCGGGCGUCCAUGCAGUUGGGUGGGCAUUAGUCGUGCCUUGUUUCUGGAGCCUUAACCACAUCAUUGCUGUGUGCAAGUCCACCACCCAGGAGCAAGCCCAGAGGGCGGAGCAGGAAUGCUACCUUCACCCCCUCAAAGUCUUUUUUGGCUUCAUUUUCUUUAUGGCUCUUUUUGUCAUCACAGCCCCUGUAGCAUUAUUUGGUUUUUUGCUCUGGGCGCCCCUUCAGGCCUGUCGACGGCCGUUUUACUACCACAGAGAAGCCCCGUCUUCACCAGAGAAGGAGAUGCACAAAGGCUUUGAGCUGGAGAGCAGGGCUUCGUUCGGUUUUGCCACAGCAAACUUGUGUCUUCUGCCAGAGGGUCUGGCUCGUUUCAACAACCUGGGAAACACUCAUCGAAGAGCUUCCGCCAUCGGUCAGCGCAUUGUGCAGGGUGUGUGCCGGCCCCAUAUCAAGAUCUACGUGGACUCGCCCAGUAGCUGUGGCACGCUCAGCCCCUCAAACAGCAGCCUCCCUGCACCCAACUCCAAAAGAGAGGGUUCUGCGGGUAGGCAGGCACAGCCACAGGCCAGUCGCCAUGGUGACUCAACAGACAGACCCAUCCGCGUGGUCCCUGAGGGCUGUGACGAAACGGAAGUCCUUCUGAGUGAAACGCCCAAUUCCAAUCAGAACUCGAACCAGCAGGACAAGUCCCGCCGCCGGAGUGCCCCCCGUGCUUUCCUCUCACAGGGUCUGGGACACAAAGACGACGUCCCAUGGGAGGUCUCGUCGUUGUUUCCGGCCAACGUCGAUAUUUUGUGCUUGGAGGAAGUGUUUGAUAAGAGGGCUGCGAAGAAGCUCACCAAAAUCCUGAAACCCGUUUUUGGACACAUACUGUAUGACAUUGGGGUGUAUGCCUGCCAACCCCCAUGUAUGUGCACAUCUUUUAAGUUCUUCAACAGUGGCCUGUUCCUUGCAAGCAGGUUCCCCAUACUUAGGGCUGAGUAUCACUGGUUCCCCAACAGCAGAGGAGAAGAUGCACUGGCUGCCAAGGGCCUCCUCUCUGCUAAGGUACUAAUUGGGCAGAACCAGAAGCAGAAUAAGGUGGUCGGAUACUUUAACUGCACACAUCUUCAUGCUCCAGAAGGUGAAGGGGAGAUUCGCUGUCUGCAGUUGGAUAUGGUCACCAAGUGGAUUAGAGAUUUUCAGCAAGAAAACAAGCAGCCAGACGAGGAGGUUGUUUUUGAUGUUCUAUGCGGCGAUUUCAACUUUGACAACUGUUCGCCUGACGACCAUCUGGAACAGAAUCACUCUCUGUUUGAGGAGUACAGAGACCCCUGCAGAGCCGGACCUGGAAAAGAAAAACCCUGGGUUAUUGGUACUCUACUGGGGCAGCCCACCUUGUAUGAUGAGGAUGUGAACACCCCGGAAAAUCUGCAAAGAACUCUGGAAAUAGAUGAGCAGAGGAAGCAGUAUAUUUCUCCUCCUGUUCCUGCUGCGGGUUCUCCGCUGGUCUAUCCAGAGACAGGUCAGCCGUGGGUCGGCCGCCGGCUGGACUACAUUCUUUACCGUGAACGCUCCAUUUCAAAGCACUGCCGAACAGAAGUUGAGGAGGUAACUUUUAUAACGCAUCUGGCUGGACUAACGGACCAUAUUCCUGUGGGCUUGAGACUAAAUGUUAAAAUGGACUCUGACUGUGUUGAAGAAUGAUAUGACAAUCAAACAAUGUUUACAGCAUGUUCUAAUCUAAAAAUUUCUCAGGUGUGAAAUGUUUUUCCCAUACUCGUAAAUGUUGUAUGUUUGGUGAUUGAACUUUUCUAUGGAUGAUUUAAGGCACCUUUUACCCUAACUAAGAAAAAGCGGGUACAAAAACAGUUUAAACUUCUUGUUUUAUAACAAAAAAGUUAAGACAUGUGUUUAACAUAUUGUCAAAGCUAAUUUUAAUGAUUUACUAUAUUUAUAUAUUUUUAGGAUUUCAUGCAUAUAAUUUUCCUAUGGAAAUAAAAAAUGAAAACAAACUUCUCUUAAUCUUCCACUAAGUGUUGAGUUAUUUUGUUUUGGUCCUUGGAAACAUCAGCAAAAAAAUACAAAAAACAUACCAAAGAAAGGAUAAAAGACUUAAUAAAAUAACUGAAAACAUA